CACAGAAAACUACUCUGUUUUCUUACAUUUUCAAACUAACCAAGCUGUUACAAGCAUUAUUACUAAGGAAAAAUAAUAAUAAGUACAAGUACCAUAUUUUUUAAUCUAAAUUAAAAAAUUACAUUGAUAGUUUUAAAUAUCCUAUGGAAAGUGUACGACCUAGUAUGUCUUGUGGCAUGUGGAAUCCAGCUAAAGGCUAAUUGGUAAUACAUCCAAAUACCUAUUUUCCUGAAUCAUGUUUUGUUGUGCAUGAUAUUUUUUGGUAAUAACCUGGAACGACACUUACCUAACAUCCUACCUGAUAUGUCCCUCUCAAACAGCUCUGUUGUAGGCUUGCAGCUGGCCAAGCAUGCAAUACUAUUGUACUACUGUUAGUGAUGCAUGCUAGGCCCCAUUACAGCUGGCUUAUUGGCUGAUGUUAAGUGAUUCUAUCAACCUAAUUUCUCCAACACAUGCUGUUUCUGUUCUGCACUAGUUAACCUGAAGUUGUAACAUUGCAGAUCAUGCAAUUCUUACUUUUUCUUCAUAAAUCAGGCCGUAACCUGUCAAAUCAUACACGUGUCCAGAAUCCUCGUGGCACUAUCCACAACCAUUUUUAACCACUGGACAGUACUUCACGGCCCUCUCCAUGCAGUGAAGAACAACCAUUCAAGGAAGGGAGCACACUGACAUGCAUGAAAAUUUGGCAGACAGGAGGAAGUGCGGUCACAAAAGGGUAUCCAUCGUUACUUUUGCAUGUGGGAGCCUCCAAGUGGAAAACAGACAGGCGGUGAGAUCAGCGUCAAGCACUAGCGGCCACCAGCAGAUGUAUGUGGACCACAGCACUAUCCAGUACCACGGACGGAUGGCCUUGAGUAGGCAGAACGGAAGUACCCAGAAGCCACAGCUGAUGCACAUGAACAGGCCAGAAGGUUUCGCGCCUCCUCCGUCCAUGUCCAUGACGGUUCCGAUGGCGCAUUCCUCACGGCCAACACUAGGGUUCCCCCUUGGGACGGCGCUCCUACUCCUCGUCAUCUUCUCCCUCAGCGGCAUCUUCUCGUGCUGCUACCACUGGGACAGGCUCCGGUUGCUGUGGUCUCGGCAUCCCGCCAUGCUCCAGGAAGGCCAGCUCACCGUCAUCACCAUCGGAUCGGCGCCAAGCAAGGCAGCUUCUCAGCACAAGAACGAGAAAGCAGCGAAAGAGUGUGGCCUGCCGGUGAUCAUGCCCGGGGAUAACAUCGCGAAAUUCUUCGCGAGGCCCUGCCCGCACGAGAGGUGUUUACCUGCAGCAGAGAAGGCUGAAGUGGAGGUGCAAGUUAGAUGUUCAGUUUCUUGAGACCGUAGGUGUUUGUAACUGUAAGUGGAAUCAUAGUUAGCCGUUAGCUGACUUAUAUGAUUGAUGGAUUGAUUGUAUAUAAGCACAUGACUUGUGAUUGACAGAUUUGAUUGUGUAUAAGCAUGCGGUUUUCACAGA